AAGAGCGCCGUGAGAAGUUGUUGGCCUGGCCAAAAUCAGGGAAAAUAUAGUUUAAUAGCCGAAUCUAGACUGCCAGCGUAGUUUUUAGUUACUAACAAAGAUAUACCGAUAAGUGGUUCCUCGAAAAAUGGCGCACGCCACACCGCAGGGCGUCAAGCUAUUGAACGGAUGGAAGCGUCCGGGUCGCUUUGACAAGGGUCUGGGCGCCCAGCUGCCCGAGGCGUACCGGAAGUUCUGGCGCGAAUGGAAGCUAACGACCCCCGCUGCCGUUCAUUACAUCCCCAAGGAGCAGGAAUGGGAACGCGACGAGGUGACGCACGCCAUCAAGCCGGUGCAGAACAUCCCACUGCCCCUGAUCGACACCCCCGAAUCGCAUCAGGGCAUCUGGGGCGGUGAGGCGGUGAUCAAGGGCUUCCAGAAGCGCCAGCAGACAAAGCGUCGCGUUCCUCACUUUUGGGUGCCAAAUCUGCGACGCUCCGUGGUCCACAGCCAUGUGCUGGACUCGUACAUGUCCGUCGUGGUGACGGAACGCACGCUGGAGCAGAUCCACGAGUGCCAUGGCUUCGAUCACUAUCUCUUGAAGAACCGUGCCUGCGAUUUGCGCUCUGCUUUGGCUUUGAAACUCAAGCGUGAGGUGCUGCAGGCCCUGCAAAAGGGCGUUCCUUCGUUGGCUGCUGAGCCUGAGCGCCAGAAGGAGGUGCUAAGGGAGUACAGCCGCUAUUUGGAACCCUAUACACCGGAGGAAAUCGAUUGGUAUGGACAUACCUACCUGGAGGCCAUACGCAAGCUGCAGAAGCAGCUGCGCGAGGCGGAAAAGGUGCUGCCGCAUAAGCUUGAGUUCCGCAGCCAGUUGAUUGAACAGCUGCGUCAGGCGGGGAUCAGCGAGGCGGGAAAGCUGGAGAAAACCGAAGCACCAGCGGGUUCUUCGGGGGAGCACAAGGAUUCCGACAUCGAGGCGCUGACAAAGCUGGAAUCCUCGCCCUCCUCCAGCUGGCUGUCCAAGAUCAAUCCUUUCGGCAAGAAAGAAACCUAGACCAGCCCCCAUCC